CAAAAUAAAUAUUUUGAAAUUAAUUUGAUUCUAAUGAGUAUUCAAACAAGAAUAAUUUUCAAAUGAAGCUUUAAGCACCCUAUAUUCAAUAUCCCAUUAAUAGUGUAUAUAGUUAAUCUGUAUUUAUGUAAUAAACAUAACCUCCGAAACAAAACAAAACAUUCGACAUGGCUACAAAGUUCGAUGCGGCUUUAUAUAAUUUUCGUAAGAAAUGUCCUUACAUAGGCAAAGAUCUCCUCCGCUGGUUUCCAGGUCACAUGAACAAGGGACUGAAACAAAUGCAGCGAAAACUAAAAUCUGUAGAUUGUGUAAUAGAGGUUCACGAUGCUAGAAUUCCAUUCAGCGGUCGAAAUCCUAUCUUUACCAGCACUAUAACUGGUGCUAAACCUCAUAUACUAGUUUUUAAUAAAAAAGAUUUGACGAUACCUAAGCUCCUUCCCAAAGUUAAGGAUCAGUUACGUGAAGAAGAAGGCAUACAAAAUGUAGUCUUCACAAAUUGCAAAGACCAAAGUUGUCGAGGUCUUAAGAGUUUACGACCUCUCAUAGUAGAUUUAAUCAAAAAUUCGAAUAGGUAUAAUCGUAGUGAAGAGAUUGAUUAUAAUGUGAUGAUAAUCGGAGUGCCCAACGUGGGAAAGUCGUCACUGAUCAAUAUGUUAAGAAGCACCUACAUGCAUGUGAGACAUGCACUUCCAGUGGGAGCCGUAGCUGGAGUCACAAGGAGUUUGAUGACAAAGAUGAAAAUAAAUAACAACCCUAAGAUUUUUAUGUUUGAUACUCCAGGUAUUCUAGAGCCGUCCGUGAAAGAUGUAGAAAUGGGUUUGAAGCUGGCCCUGUGUGCGUCUCUCCAGGAUCACUUAGUGGGUGAAGAGGCAAUCGCAGACUAUCUGCUUUACUGGCUGAACAGUCACAACAACUUCAAGUACGUCGACUACAUGGGACUCUUGGAGCCCUCCGACGAUAUACAUAAGGUACUAAUAUCCGGUGCUGUGAAAUUCAAUCGAGUGCGAACGACACGCGACUUUGACGGUCGAACGAGGACCGUGCCUGAUGUUUUGGAGGUCGCCAGGGUCAUGAUCAAAGCCUUCAGGACGGGAGAGUUGGGGAAGACACUGCUGGAUGUGGACAUGCUGAGCCACCGGGAAACGAAGAGAGAAGAUGAGAAAGCGCUAUCAUAGAUUUUACCACUUUAAAUAUAAAUAAAAUGCUAAUAUACGCGUACCACAAAAACAAUACAAUCAACCUCUAAAGAGGUUUUUUGAAACAACUGAACUAUGAUGCAACUAUACUCGUACUACCAUCAGUAGGGUGACAUUCAUGUUGGUAUCCAAGGAGCCAGAUGAGGGUAGUACCCCUUCCCCUCCCUCCAGAAAUUUUAUGACCUCACGUAAUCACUAAUAAAAGUGUUACGAUUCAUAGAAUUAAUUAUGAACGCUAAUAAUGACUAAGAAGCGAUGUCUCGUUUUUGUAUAUUUCACAGGCAUAAGGAACGUUUCAUUCGUCUGUGCUUCGAUAUGACCACGUUUAUUCUCUGGCCAUCUACAUACUCCUCGAUACACAGAUCAAGGCCAGUCGCCAUAUUUGAAACAGAAACACAUCACUUCGUUUAGUAUGAAUCUAGCGGAGAAGUUAUUAAUACUACUGUAGAUAAACCAAACAACUUGUAAUGUUAAUAGGAACUGGUCAGAAGUUAACUUUAUUUGGUAAGGAAAAUGUAAUGAAUCUGUACAUGAUAGUUUGUAAGGUAUCCUGUGUUAUUUCAAUGUAAAUAAAUAUAUUUCCUAUAAAGUA